UAUUUGUAGAUUCGAUUGAAUUUUAUGUUACCAAUUUUCUGAAUGAGAAAGAUAAGUCAAUACAUAUAUUUAUUGUAUGUAGGUCCGUCAAUAAGAGUAAACUAAGGCAAACGAUUCAUAACCAACAUACAUACAUAACGGAUAAAAUAGAAAUAUAUAUCUACUGUACAAACUUAUUUACAUAGCCUGAUCCAAAAAUAAAAGUAAAUAAAAGUAAAAUAAAAGUCAUUGCUCUUUAUUUGUCAACAUGGUAUUUUAGGUUCUUCCAUCGUUUCCUUAGUUGCGAGAAAUGCCCAAUCUGUGUGCUAACUGAGUAGGUUACAAUCUGGCUGUUGAAGAAUAAUAUUGUCCCCAAUUCCACCCCAGCUACUACUUGAUCAUCUCCUCGUGUAAUGUCCAAAUUUCCGUUAACUCAAGUUGCCGACGCGCUUCGGAAGGAUUGCGCUGUUAAAGAAAAAUGGUACCAAUUUUGUAUUGUUCUGUCUGGUACGGCUAAGUUGGAAGAUGUCGACAUGAGAAAUUUUAACAAUGGGCAGGCCAUCUCGAAAAUAUUGGAGCGAUGGAUCAAGAAAAGUGGAGGAAAUGCAACUUUACAUGAUUUGGUUAUGGAGUUGACCAUUGCGGAUUUUACUACCACUGCAGGUCAAUUACAAAGUGAGUUCCUUCCGAUCCCAAAGAUUGUUGGUUCGAACCCAAUUGGGACAUUCUCUUAAGGAGUGGUUAAAGAGAAAAUUGUAGUAAAUACUGGAUUUUCUAUUCGAGAUAUAAUUAUUCUGCAACAUGUAUGCAUAAUUAAUAAAGUUUUAUUUGUAAACAAAUAACAAACAGUUGAUAAUUACAAACAAUAAAGGAUUCGAUCAAUCAAUUCGAUCAAUUAAAAUUGAUAUUUAUGAAAGCGCCAUACCUAAAUUUCUUAUUUUGAGGCUAAAAAAAACACUUAAAUCAACCUGCAUAUUUUGUUUUUGAGUAAUGUGCCACUAAAAUAUACAUACAUAUUUUUAUCCUGCAUAUAUGUAAUUAUCCUGAAUGAAAGAUGUCGUUCUGUAUAUUAUCAACCUGUUUUAAAAUUUUUCUGAAAAUUCCAACAUAUAGGGUGAACACUUUGCAUAAUUGUAUGUAUGCAUGCAGGAAUACCACUAUUAUCGAUUAACAGAUAAAAGCGAUAUUUUGUUUAUAAUUCUUAUCAGUUUUAUUAUGCCAACCGUUUAAUCAGUGUUUAGAAAAGCGGUUGUAUAUUUGUCCAGCCUUAUCAAAGCAUACUUAUCAAAGCAGGAUGUGAGUAUCUUUAUAUAUUGAAAUGAUUUAUCCUCCGUCAAUAGCGAGCCAAUUGCAGAACUUGUUGAUGCAAUUAGUUUUUGUCCACUUCUUUCGUUUCUUGUAAUAUUUUUCAAAAUGGAUAAUUUGUUGAAAAGAAUCCAGCAAAUUAAAAAGGCUCACUUGGAAGAUCCUCUACUUCUUGACUGGAAAGAGAUUUAUGGGAGAAUAUUAGAUCCUACACGUGCUGUUAGUUUGAGAAUUUUGGAAGAUAAGCUACGUCAUGGCGAAUUGCAGCCAUAUAGUCUAAUUAAUGAUCUAGUAGAUUACGGUAUGAGUGAGAAGUCUGAGGAUUUUGAAAAAAAACUAUUGCAUGAAUUGAAAAAUUGCCAGCAUGCAAAAUUAUAUGACCGGUUAACCGGAAUGUCCUUCCAUUCUCCCAUUCGCUUUCAUAUGAAGAAUUAUCCCGGCAAAUUUUUCGGCGGAGGUGACAACAUCAAGUGGCUUAGGGAACAGUAUUCGCAGCCAAAAUCUAACUUCGUUACUGUCUAUGGAUUAGAAGGGAUGGGCAAGAGCAGGACUGUGUCACAGUUUAUCUUGGAAACCAGUAAAUCAAUUGAUGAUCUUGCGUGUGCUUCCUUGGAUUGCAUCAAUGCAUUAAAUUUUCAUAACGAUUGUGCCUCCUUUGGAAAAUAUAUUCAGGAUAUACAUAAAAUCUCUCUGCCCGUAAAUCUGAAGAAGUUGGAGACAUGGAAACCAAACAAUUUGCUGGGGGUCAUUUCGAAUGAAAUUUAUAAACUCGCAAAAUGCAAAUGGAUUCUGAUCCUGGAGAAUUGUCAAGAAUCUAUUAUAAAACAAUAUGACUUAUUGAGCUUACUGGAAAAAAAGAUUUGGAUAAAGAAAUAUAACAUGCGGGAACAAAACAUCACGCUGGCGUUUUUUAAGUGAGUCAAUAGUGUCACA